ACAAGGCGGGGUUUAUGGUAAUCAAAUAACAUACAAUGGUGCUGCGAUGUCCCCGUCAAAUCUCGGGUGCCGUCGCUUUGGUCAGUUCAAUGUACUCGGAGCUCGGCAGCGAGCUUGCUAGAUAGAUAUUAGAUGGGCGUAACUAGCCUACGUAGUAUGUAACACGAUUAUUGUUUACGGCGCAAAACAUAUUUUUCCUAUUUAUAGCAAGUUACCAUGCUGCCUGUCCCUGCACAAACCGUUGGGGGUGGUGACAUAUUUGACACAAUUCAACGAGGAAACAUUGACCAGUGCGCGGACAUCAUUCAACUUGACCGCUCGACGUUGAGACAAAAAGGAUGGGGCGGGUUCACGCCCCUCCACUACACAGCCUAUCAGGGGAACCGGGCGCUGACCGAGCUGUUGCUGAGCAACGGAGCGGACCCCAACACGCCGUGCGACACGGGCCUAACGCCAUUCCACUUCGCCUGCAGAAACGGCAAUGUGUCCAUCAUGCACCAGAUGCUGCAGCACGGAGCAGACGUCCAAACUGUGGAUCACCAGGGCAAGACCGCCCUGCAUCACUCUGUUGCCGGGGGAAAUGUGCUAGCCAUUCAGUACCUGAAUGAGACGGGAAUGUUCCGGUUCGCCGACACCGACCGGUUCCAGCUCACUCCUCUGCACCUGGCGGCGUCCACGGGGAACUCGGACGUGGUCCGGUACCUCCUGCGGAACGACCGAUGCGCGGCAGACGCGGCCGACCAGCAGGGGGCGACGCCGCUGCACGUGGCCGCGGAGAAGGGGGCGGUGGAGGUGAGCUGGCUGCUGCUCCGGGAGGCUGGGCUUCGUAUCCUCCACCUGAGGAACCGCCAAGGCCUGACGCCCUACGACCUCUGCAGACAGGGCACCACCUACAGACAUCAGCAGCUAACACAAAUCCUCAAAAAGUUCAUCAAUGAGCCAACGGACCAGAAACCCAAAGAGUCGUAUGGCAUGUACUACUGGACGCUGCUGUUCCCGUCCGUGAGUGGCGCCGUCAUCCUGCUCAUAGCCGCGAGGCUGGGGGGCUACGGGGGGGUCUUCUGCGCCCUGCUCUUCCCCUGGCUGGCCAGGAGCAUCCUGUCCCAGUACCACAGGAUCAACAGUCAUCAGGGGCUGCCAAACCCAGUUUACGUUGGAACGCUCACAGCUGGAAUAUUCCACACAUCUGUCUGUUUUUACUACAAGAUCCUGCCAAAUAUCUGGCCAGCCCCUACCCUCCUCCACGUGUCCAUCGUGCACUUCUCCGCAGUGCUCUGGCUGUUCCGGAAGGUUCUAACCAAGAACCCGGGCCAGCUGCAGCCAGAGGAUGCUGACCCCAGGUUCUCCAGCAUAAUGAGCCUAGUGGAAGCCAAUGAGAGCAGCCGGUUUUGCAUAUACUGUGAGAUAUUCCAGCCGGACAGCUGUAAGCACUGCAGGCUGUGCAACAUGUGCAUGCUGGACUACGAUCACCACUGCCUCUUCCUCAACCAGUGCGUGGGCCGGGGCAACCACCGCCUCUUCCUCUUCUUCAUCCUGUCCAUGGCGGCCGCCCACCUGGUCUUCCUGUACGCGGCCGGCUGCUACCUGCUGGCCAGGUAUGCCGCCGCAGCCGCGCUGAGCCGGCCAGCGUGGGGCGCUGUGGUGGGCGCGGAGGCCUGGGUCCUGGUGCUCACCGCCAUGAACGCGCUCACCUUCGCCUGGGAGUGCUGGCUGCUGGCCGAGCAGUUCGAGGCCGUCUCCAUGGGAACCACCACCUACUUCAAGCGCGGCGGGCGCUCACAGCGCCCCCUGUGGCGGCGCUGGAGAACGGCCGUGUCAUUUCUGCUGGAGGGGAAGAGGCCGCGGCCGCCGCACGGCGGGGUGUUCCAGGCCGUCUGACGGUGUGCGUGCGCGGGAGCGCGGAAUGUUCCGGAAUGUUGCGGAACAUUCUGGAAUGUUCUAGGCCCCGAUUCGUUUACAUGGUCGCUAAGGUUGAGGAGCUGGACGUCCUGCCUUGUCCUCCACCUCUUACUCUGAAAAAAGGACCUUAAAAGUUCACAUUUGUGCUUUUUGCUUUGCUGUAACUUCUCCGGCUGAACAGACUGAGAGACUGAACAGUGGGUUGUUGUUUCCGUACCUCCAAAUAGACUGAAAUUUUAAUGAAGGAUUUUACUGCAGUACACGUUAAACCUCUCCCCAUUCCCUGAUUGGCGAUUGCCUAAUGGACACAAACCACACCUCAUUCCAGCCUCCCUCUGGAUAUGAUUGGCUCAGAUUAGUGACUGAACUGUCCUACCACAGGGUCCUAGAUGGAAAAAUCUAAUUGCUGCACCUGUGUGUACUGUAGCUUGGCUCAGCCAUCUUGGAAAUCGUUUCAGUCAGCCGCACACAUGCACGCUAAUGCAUUAGCGACUCGCUGGAUGAUACUGAUGGGGAUUGUUGUCACGGAAACAGUGUAAAUAAUGUGAAGCCUAAUGAUGACGAUGAUGAUGAUGAUGAUGGAGAACAUUUGAGUUCUCACAGCGGGUUUACGCCAAGCACCGUAUUCUAGUCAUUCGUUUUAAUGAAGGUGGGGCAGCACUGCCCAUUCCUGCAGGCCUAAAUGGCUGUACUGUGAACCUCGAUGUAUAACGUUCUAUUUUCACUUCUGCAAAAGCUGAAAUACCCUCUUUCUCAUCGGCACGUCUCAUCGACGCCAGGGGUAGGCAACCCCGGUCCUGGAGAGCCACUGUAACGUGAUUACAAAAAACAGGAUUGGUUUGAAUUAAUCGGGGUUAAUGGACGCACUAAUGACUCCUAAUUGUCCGUCAGACUCCGGUGAUCAAGCUCAGAUGGAACAAAAACCAGAAACGGCACCGGCACUCCAGGACCGGGGUUGCUCCCCCAUUUUACACAAACGUUUGUCUGUAUGUUUUUCUACCCUGGAAAUACGGUCAUAUUACACUGUGCUUUUAAUGCUGUCCGGAUCCAAGUUUGUACACAGUUUCAUAGGUAUUUUAAUAAACUAGUGAGUUUACAGUUUAGUUUUUAAAGAAGCGAUGUUGCAGACAGAUCUGACGCAGAAUGUCUGGAUGGUUUUACUUGAACUUCACCGCUUGAUUACAGCCUACUGCUCCAUACUUUUUAAUGUGAAAUUGCUGUCGACUGAAUAAAACUGAAAUACAGACUGUGAA